CAUCAUCCCCGAUACAGACAUCAUGUUCUUCAUCGUGGCCUGCGUGUUUUUCCAUGCACACAAUCAUGCACACAAUCCCGCCAUUCUUCCGAAGUGCUUUCAAUGCCGCUUUAGCUAGACGCGUUUAACAUUCUGCGACGCGCGCAUCCUUCAGUGUUGCGUAACACACUCUGUCCAUCAGCGAGGAUGAUGCGUGAUGAUGCUCUGCUUGGCUAAUAACGGAUGCUGAGCUGCAUCCCGCCCCCAUGCCCCCCCAUACGAAUGCUGCUCCAUGGUGCCAACAGACGGACAUUAUUACACGGCCGAAGAAAACAACAGCCAGCCUCCAUCACCAGGGUUGAGAUCAUCUCCAGUGUAGGUGGGUGUUAAUGAGUGCCUCCAUGGCAAACAGGGGACCAAGCUAUGGGCUCAGCCGUGAGGUCCAAGAGAAGAUUGAACAGAAGUAUGAUCCGGCUUCGGAGGCUCGGCUUGUGGAAUGGAUUGUGGUCCAGUGUGGCGACGACUUGGAGCGACCUGAACCUGGCAAACAGAACUUCCAGAAAUGGCUCAUGAGUGGAACUAUUCUCUGCCGGCUCAUCAACAGUCUGUACCCCAGAGGUCAGGAGCCAGUUAAGAAAAUCACAGAAACUAAAAUGGUCUUCAAGCAAAUGGAAAAGAUCUCUCAGUUCCUGCAGGCUGCUGAAGAAUACGGUGUCAACAGAGGAGACAUAUUCCAAACUGUUGAUCUUUGGGAAGGAAAGGACAUGGCUGCAGUCCAGAGGACACUGACGGCCCUGGGAAGUGAAGCUCUCACGAAGGAUGAUGGACACUACCGUGGAGACAAAGACUGGUUUCACAGGAAAGCCAAGGUCCACAAGAGGGAGUUUUCUGAGGAGCAGCUGCGUCAGGGCCGCAGUCUCAUCGGCUUCCAGAUGGGAAGCAACCGUGGAGCGUCUCAGUCUGGCAUGGCAGGGUACGGCACCCCACGGCAAAUCAUGCGGCAUGACUCUCCUCGAGACAACGGCCAUCAGAGCAAUCCCUAAACACUACACACUUCUGUAUUUAAAACCUCCACUGGAGCCCCAAGCCAAAUCCAGAGCUCCAGAUGUAGGAGGAAUGUGUGCAUGUGUGUGUGUGUGUGUGUAUUUAGAGUCUCACACCAGUCCUAGAAUUACACACAUCAGAGUUGUCCCUUUACCCACAAUGCACCAGUGCCAGCUGUUAUCAUCUCUCAGGCAAGAUCCAGAGCAAGGCCAACAUGUUUAAAUUGAAUAUAGUUUGACAGAUGAAAUGUGCAUCUCUCUAAAGGUGUAUCCCUUUUAGAAUGAUAUAAACUGACAAUCAGAUACUUGAAUGUCUUACAGUUAUGCAUUUGGCCAAUGCUUUUACCCAAAACAAAUUAAAAGUCCAUUUACUUUUGUGUCUUGUGAAUCAAACCCAUGUCAUGGUGGGUUGAUCGAGUGCAUGCUGUGCAAAAGAAAAGUCUAUUUCUACUUAAAGCCAUAUGUAACCAGUCAGUAUGAUUGAUGUAUACUGUCUAACUAUAAACGUUCCUGUUCCCGCAGAAUACACCAAACUAAUCAAC